AUGGACAGUCGGCUCAGUGUCUGCAGCUACAAGAUCCUGGGUCCCUCGUCCACAAGCCAGGAGCUCUUGGAGCUCAUGGAUCGCUCGCCGCUGGGCGUUCCCUGGUCGCUGGGCGUUCCCUGGUCGCUGGGCGUUCCCUGGCCGCUGGGCGUUCCCUGGUUGUUCCCUGGUCGCUCGGCGGUCCUGGAGCUCCUGAGUUGUCUGCCAUCUUUUUUUUCUUCCCUCGUUUGUCUGAUUUUCGAUGAGCUGUCAGUGACAUCACACGGCCAGCAGCAGAGCCGGCGUCUGCUCAUCACCGUUACCCCGGCGGCACCGCUCUGCCCUGCUGUGUUGGACAGGCCUUCACUCAGAGACAAAAUGGCUUCCAGACCAGAGGAGGAUCUCUGCUGUCUGCACUCUGAGAAACUCAAACUCUUCUGUCUGGACCAUCAGCAGCCAGUUUGUCUCGUCUGCAGAGAUUCAGAAAAACACAUCAAGCACAGAUUCAGAGCCAUCGAUGAAGCUGCUCAGGAUCACAGAGAGAAUCUGAAAACAUCUCUGGAGCCUUUAAAGAAGAAACUGGAGCAGAAGAAGGAAGUUAAAGAGGAGUUUGAUCAGACAGCAGAACACAUGAAGGUCCAGGCCCGACACACAGAGAGGCAGAUUGUUGAGCAGUUUAAGAAGCUUCAUCAGUUUCUAGCAGAGGAAGAGGAGGCCAGGCUGGCUGCACUGAGGGAGGAAGAGGAGCAGAAGAGAGGGAUGAUGGAGGAGAAGAUGGAGGCUCUGAGCAGAGAGAUAGCAGCUCUUUCAGACACAGUCAGAGCCACAGAGGAGGAGCUGAGAGCUGAAGACGUCUCAUUCCUGCACAACUACAAGGCUGCAGUGGAAAGAGUCCAGCGCUGCCCCCUGCUGGAGGAUCCACAGCUGCCCUCAGGAGCUCUGAUAGACCAGGCCAAACAUCUGGGCAACCUGGCCUUCAACAUCUGGAGCAACAUGAAGGACAUGGUGACCUAUACUCCUCUGGUUUACCCAAACACGGCUGGGCCAAAAGCCUUCUUAUCUGAAGAACUGAGCGCUUUGACACAUGGAGAUGAACAGCAGCUUCCUGUCAACCCAGAGAGGUUUGCUCGCUUUUGUUCGGUUCUCAGUUCUGAGGGUUUUAACUCCGGGAUCCACAGCUGGGAUGUUGAGGUUGGAGACAGUGAAGACUGGAUGCUUGGCAUGUUGGCAGAGUCUGUCCAGAGGAAGGGAAACUACCAGUCUGGAUUUUUGCAUAUUGGGAUUGUUGAAUGUAAAUCCUCAGCAGCAUCUCCACCAGUUGCUCCUGCAGUUCUUUCAUUAAAGAAGAAUCUCCAGAGGAUCAGAGUGAGCCUGGACUGGGAUGGAGGAAAACUGACGUUCUGGACACUAACACACCUUCACACAGAAGAUGUUUCCUUACAUCACCGCUAUGGAUAA